AUGAAUGCUGCCAUCAAUAACGCAGAUUCUGAUGAUGUCCCAGAUGAAUGUACAUCGUACAACGUUUUCAAUGAGCCGGGCAGAUAUUGGAGCAGUACUGGACAUUCUAUGAUAUGCGAUAAUAAUCUUGCCAGUGAUCAUGACGGUUGGUACCGCUUCGAGGGUGCUGCUGGAAUAAUGAUGGCUACUCAUUGUAUUCCAAUACAAAGUUGCAAUAGCCACAUGGCGGGUUGGAUCGGUGGUGGCGAUCACCCCUCCUCAGCUUACCAGAAGGUGACGAGAACAGCGUAUAUGCAUUACGGCUCAAGUUGUGAAAAUGUGGCUUACCCCGGGACGGAAAUACGUAACUGUAGUGGAUUCUACGUUUACAAACUGCAAUCAGUUAACGGCUGUCACCAGCGGUAUUGUGGUGUUAAUGAUGAGAACGAUGCAUGUCAUGCCAAUCCUGGCUCAACUGCAUGUACCUGUCCAUCUGGUUAUUCAGGCACUCCUUGUCAAGAUACCAAUGAAUGUACCUCAGGAGGCCAUAAUUGUCACUCACAAGCCAUAUGUUCCAAUACUCCUGGCACAUUUACAUGCUCUUGUAAAGCUGGUUUUACUGGCGACGGUGUAUCUUGUAGCGAUAUCGACGAAUGCACUAAUGGUGCCCAUGACUGUCACCAAGAUGCUGAUUGUCAAAACACAGAGGGUGUAUUUACUUGUAGUUGUAAACAUGGAUUCACAGGAGAUGGACGUCAAUGCACAGAUGUUGAUGAAUGCACAGAUGCCUCGCAUAACUGUCAUGCGAAAGCGGAUUGUUCUAACACUCAAGGCUCUUUCGGCUGUGCUUGCAUUCAAGGAUAUUCAGGAAAUGGUGUUACAUGUACAGAUAUCGAUGAAUGCACCAGCAGCAUUGAUGACUGCCACAAAGACGCAGAAUGUUCCAACACCGAUGGUGCGUUUACUUGUAGUUGCAAAGGAGGAUUUUCAGGAGAUGGUCGACAGUGCGCAGAUAUUGAUGAAUGCACAGAUGCAACUCACAACUGCCAUUCAAAUGCGGAUUGUUCUAACACUUAUGGCGGGUUCAACUGUACUUGUUUUCAAGGAUAUUCAGGAGAUGGUGUUACAUGUACUGAUAUUGAUGAGUGUGCCACAGCAACUCACAACUGUCAUGGUGUUGCUCACUGUUACAAUAAUGAUGGAUCAUUCACCUGUGAGUGUAGGACUGACUACCAAGGAGACGGUAUUUCUUGUGAGCCCUUUGGAGAUUUCUCUGUAACGAUUAGAAAUAUAUCCAAGGACAAAUAUUUGGCAACUACUGUCAAGCGGUCUGAAAAAAGUAUCCAUCAGGCAAUCAUCGAAGAUCUUCCAGAUAAACCUGUGUUGGAAAGUGUCAUGGAAUGGCGUUUAAUUAGUGAACAGGAGCUGGUAGCUUCUGAAUCACCAGUGGGAACUUUAGUCAGUCAAGGAACUGCACAGUGGACCAUAAAUAGGCGAUCCGUUCCUUCUGGAAACUAUCAAGUAAAAUUUACUGCGUCUAUUAAAUUCGGUGAUUCAGUAUCCUCAGAAACUCUCAAGGCUUUUGAUUACGGCUUUAUCAAAGUUAUUUCAGCUCCUUUGCGAGCCAUAAUCGAUGGAGGAAGUAGCGUUCUUUGGGGUUCUAAAGACACUGUUACAGUGGAUGGAUCCCUUAGCUAUGAUGGAGAUAUUGGUCCUGGAAACUACAGUGGGCUGAAAUUUACCUGGUCCUGUUAUCUUCUUGGAGCUAAUACUUCUUUCAACGACAAUUGCUUUGGUUCUUUCAAGGGAGACGUAACUCUAACAUCCAUAGGCAUUAUCCCUGAUGUGCUUUAUCUUAGAAAAAAAUACGUUCUCAGACUAACAGUGUCCAAGGAUGAUCGAAGUCAUUUUGCCGAAAUUAUUUUUGAGAUAGCAGCUGGUGAGAUACCUCAAGUUAGCUUAAGGUGUUUUGUGGAUUGUGGUAAAAUAGUCUCUGCUUCGAAUAAGUUUCGAGUAACAUCAGAGUGUCUCAAUUCCCCCUGUAUUGGUUCAGAGUAUCUAUGGCAAUUAAUGAGAUUCAAUAAUGAUUCAAAUCAACUGGAACUCAUAAAUAUUCUACCCAAUAUGACAUCGACUGCUAUAAAUGCAACCAACAUGAUUAUCAAAAAGAAUUCCUUGCAGUCAAGCUCGAAAUACACUCUGAACUUAACUGUGAUACCCCCCGGUGGAACAGCUGGAUUUGCAGUGCUCGAGUUUGAGACAGCUGGGCAGCCCCACAGUGGCUACUGCGUGCCAUCAGCCGUUGUAGGUUUCUCUUUGGAAACAAAAUUUUCAUUUGAAUGCUUUGAAUGGCAAGAUAAAAGUACACCACUAUCUUACGAAUUUCGUGUUGGGGACGAGCCAAUAUCCUAUGGCACCUCUGCAAAAUCUGUUUCGACAGUCUUGCCCUCUGGAUUACCGGAAAACGAUUAUCAGCUGUCAAUCAACAUUAUUAUCAAGAAUGCUGUUGGUGUGGCCCUUGUGGAGAAGCUCUCUGUGAAGGUGGUGCCAUCAUCCCAACUCGAUCCUUGCCGUUCAUCGGUAGAAGAAGUGUCUAACAAAUUGAAAGGUUUCGUCAUUGGGGACGACAGCGACUUGGAUAAAUUUCUAAAGAAGGGUGAAAUUAGUCAAGCCUCUCAACUUGCUAUCACUGUUCUCAAAUCAGCCAGCGAAGAAACAGAGUGUGGGCAGACGCUCAGCAAAGAUACCAAAACACUAGUGGGUCCACUUACUAUUUCAAGUACGUUAGUGGAAAAGUUUACCUCCAUAAGGCCGGAGGACCUUCAGAUGUCCCGAACUGUUAUGGGUGUAGUCAAACUAGCAGGUGGUAACCAAGAUGCUCAAUCUUGCAAUGACUGUGGAAAUUCUGCGAAUGAAACUAUGAAACUAACGGAUGCCACAACAGAACUACUUAAGUCUGUCCUUGGUGACUUAGAGGAGCCAUUUUCUGAUGAACUGGAAGAAUCGGCUGUCAGUAUCACCACGUGUCUAAAAAACGUUCUAAAGUCUUCCCCUGAAUCAAGCAAAGAAAGUGGAGAUUUAAGAAAGAGCACUGAAUCUGAGAAGGAGAGUGUGAAGCAAGCUGCUAAAAAACUGGACGCUAUGAACGACGCAUUUUUCGCACGCCUGGUUCCCUCUGAAAAUCUUGUCCUAAAAACGCCUGGCUUGACAUCGACCCUUAAGAAGGUAUCUGCUGACGGUAUAAAGGGUCUUAAUAUGGAAGAUGGACCAACAAAAUUUAGACUACCAGGAAACCUAGGGAAUAUGGCUGAUGGAAACAUCAAUGCAAAGAUGAAAAGUGCUGACUUUAAUCCCUUCUCUUGGGACAAUAGCAGCAAGAAAGUCCAGUCCAGUGUCAUUAGCCUCGAGCUUCAAACGGAAAAUGCAACAAAACUGAAUGUUUCAAACCUCGAUAGUAACAUUGAGAUAGUUAUACCUAUUUCCACCCCACCUUCAAAUACCAGCAACGGAUCAGAGCAUUAUUUUCUAAAGCCAAACCAAUUGACUAUGAGGAGCUAUUACGCCGACCUAGCAGAUGUACCUGUUUCCAUCAGCCUGGGUGUGGCAAAAGAGGAAACAUUAGUUAAAAUGUUUGUGAAAUUUGGGUCAAGACCUUCCACAGAGGACUCUGACCUCAACUUUACGCUAAAGCUCACGUCAAAGUGCGGAAAUGUGACAAAGAGCGCGGCCAACGAAACUUCGUGUAUUCCAGAAGAGAGAAUCGUUACCAUACUUCCUAUCGAACCAAGUCACAUUUAUAUAGGUUUAUUAUAUGAAGAAUCGAAAAAUGUAAGCGAGCAUUCCAGAGAGACACGGUCAUGCUUUGGCCAUAGUCGCCAGAGACGAUCAUGCGUUGGCGUCAAAGAUCCACCUCCGAAAGGGAUCCUUCAGACGAUUGUACCUCAAUAUAACCCACAAACUGAUGUCAACUAUACGUUUACUAUAACCCAAUCAAGUUGUUUGUAUUGGUCUGAAGAUGAGGAAAAGUGGACAUCCGAUGGUUGCAGAGUCGACGUGGGCUCUAACACCACACAUCUCAAAUGCCUCUGCAACCAUCUGACGUCUUUCGGCGGAAACUUCAUUCAAGCUCCCAAUCCCAUUGACUUCGACAAAGUUUUCACGGAGUUUGCUCGACUUAGCGAGUCGGGCAACAUUUCAGUGCUCGUGACAAUUGCAUGUGCGUUCCUUAUUUACUUUGUAGCUCUUAUAUUUGCAAGGAGGGCUGACAAAAGAGAUGAAAGCAAGAUUUUCUCACCGCUACAAAUAAAUCUUGUUGAAGAAGGAACAUACUACUACGACAUGGUUAUCAGCACUGGCGUCUGGAAAGAUUCAGCAACAACGGCAAACGUAACGAUGAGCAUUAAAGGAGACAACGAUGAACAUGAUCUCAUUACUCUUCAAAAACAUGGUGAUUUACAGGAAGUUUUUGGUCGAGGAAGUAUAAACGGUUUUGUUCUGGUUACAAACGAGUCAUUAGGAAAUCUAAACGAAUUAACUUUGGAACAAGAUAAUUCAGGCGAAAAUCCAUCUUGGUUUGUAGAAACAGUGGUAAUCAGAGACAGACAAACAGAAGAACGCUGGGUGUUCCCCAUAAAUAGAUGGCUUGCACUUGAAAAACACGAUGGGCAGAUAGAAAUUAGUGUAAAAAGCAAAGCAGCUACAUCCUUUUCGGCGGAGGUGAGAUCGCGUUUUGGGAGAAAGAUAGCUGACAGCCAUUUGUGGAUGUCAGUCUUCAGUAAAGCGUGCAGUAGUACAUUCACGCGCGUGCAAAGAGCGUCGUGUUGUCUUUCAAUUCUCUUCAGUGCAAUGAUAGCCAAUGCCAUGUUCUAUAAUAUCGGCGGGGAGUCAGCGGGAGCAAUACAAAUUGGACCUUUCAAGUUUUCCUGGAGACAAAUAGUCGUUGGAGUACAGAGUGCUAUAAUAGUUGCACCUGUAAACGUUCUGAUAGUGUUUCUGUUUAAGUCUAGUAGAACAAAGGAGAAGAAAGAAGACAAAUAUAAAGAUUCAUUUCAGGCACAACAGCUCGUCGAUGAAGUAAAUGGUCAAGGCUGUAUGCUACCACAUUUCUGUGUAUACAUCGCUUGGUUUCUCUGCUUUGUCACCACUAUGACAGCAGCAACAUUUACGUUAUUUUAUAGUUUAAUGUGGGGUAAGGAAGUCGCUGAGCAGUGGCUGGCCUCCAUUCUUAUUUCCAAUGGACAAGACGUUUUUGUUAUGCAACCAACAAAGGUCAUGUUAGCAGUUAUUUUAGUUUCCUUUCUUAUGACUAGAAACAAACAGGAUGAUGUGGAAGAGGGAGAUGUAAAAGAUGGUGAACUUCAUGACGAUAACGUGGAUUUUUUAAGUGAUAAUCCUAAACAACGCUUUAAACAGAGCCUCAUGGAGAAAAUGCGCAUACGAAGCAGAAAAGAGGCUCAGUUAGCAAGUAAAGCGAGGGAAAUUGUCUUCCAUUUAUUAUUUGUGUUUCUGCUGUCUGUAGUCUGUUAUGGCAACAAGAAUGAGAAUCGUUUCUUGAUGACAACAGAGAUGAAAAAUAUUUUCGCAAGCUUUGAUCAGGUGACUGAUUCGCGAAGACUGUCGAGAUGGCUGGCAGAGAAGUUUCUACCAAACGUAUACAACCAGGACUGGUAUAAUGGCCUCGAAGAACCAAAUGAUGUUUACAUCGCCAAUAAGAUGUCCAUACUGAUUGGCAUGCCUUGGAUGCGACAGUUAAGAAUUCUUAAAAGUCAUUGUAAGUCACUUCCUGCAACUAUACGAGACUGCUACUACGAUUAUUCUCCAGAGAUAGAGGACACAACAGAGUUGAGUCUUCCAGGCUGGCGGCCACUUCCCUUUAAUACAUCCUGGCCAAAGGCACUUCGAAUUUGUCCAAAACCCUGGCGUUACCAGACAGCUGAAACGCUGGACACUGAUCCUGUAAAAGCCGUGUACAACACUUAUGGAGGAGGUGGUUACGUAGCCGUCUUGGGAUAUGAUGAGCAAACAGCACGUGGCGUUUUAGAUGAAACCAUUGGCCAUGGAUGGCUUGAUCGAAGUACUCGAUCAGUAAUUGUGGAGCUUGCGACGUUCAAUAUCAAUACAAAUUUAAUUAGCAUUGCUACGUUUAUCUACGAAAUGAUUGCAGCUGGUGCAGCCUACACAGUUAUGAGAGUGGACACCCUUGAGUUGUACAGCACAGAGUCGGGGGCUCUCAUGUUUUAUCUCAUUUGCCAGUUUUUAUUCUUGGCAAUGGUGCUAUUCUACCUCAUCAUGAUGUUGUUUCACCUUUACCGACAACGGUUGGGUUUUUUCAAGUCUGUCUGGAAUAUGGUUGAUUUCUUGAUGAUCAUCUCUUCUACAACGUCCGUUGCGUGCUACAUGAUGAGAUCAAAGAAAAUCUUAAACAGCAUCAAUGCAAUUCAAAAAAAUCCUUUCGAAAUAAUUCAUUUUCAUUCUGCUUUAAAUUGGGCCAGCUGGGAAAAUGCUUCUAUUGCUCUCGCGAUUUUUAUGGUUACAGUGAAGCUCCUAAAUCUUAUUCGUUUUAAUCCUUACGUCAUAUAUUUGUUUUCAUCUUUCCGCCAGUCUGCAGGCUACCAACUGUCCUAUUUUGUUUUCUUUGUCAUAGUAUUCAACGCGUUUGUUAUAUCAGGAAUGCAGCUUUUCGGAGGAGUAGUUUAUCAUUACUCUAGUUAUCUGCAUGCUGUCAUUUCGCAAUUUGAAUUUCUGUUGGGUAAAGCAGUCCCAAUUGCUGAUCUUCGCAAAGACAAACCUUUUAUCGGUCCAACUUUUGUUUUUUUUUUCAUGUUAAUGAUGACGAUAUUUCUUAUGAAUAUGUUGGUAUCUGUCCUGAACGAAUCCUACACUGACGCUAAGGAUAACGCAGAAGGAAGUUCAGAAGAGCUCGAAAUGGCGCGCUUCAUUGGGGAACGUUUCAUGGACUUAUUUCAAGAAGGAAAAAGGCGACCAGAAUUUAAAUUAUUUUGUGACGAAACAACUUUUGUCAACAUGUGUCGUUCCGAGGCAGAACCGUUCUGUUUAAAUUCUCAAAGUCUUCUUCAGUGCACGGAGGAACGGUUGGGAAAACUAGAUAAAAGAAUAAGCGCAGUCAUGAGACGGACAGAGAACAUCGAUGGUGAUGAACUAGAGGAGGAGGAAGAGUUUCAUUCUCUGCUCUUGUUAUUGAUUAAUUCUCAUUAG